CUUAAGAGGUCCUGAGGUAACAAUCACAUGACACAUUUUAGCUUGUUGUAUGUAACUAUGUUGUAGUUGGAUAUCUUAAUUUAACAACAAAGAAAACUGAUGCUCUGAUGUCAGACUUUUUUUCUUGGCGACUAUAUUUAAAAUGAUUUAUGCUUCAUAUCUUGUAUUAGUUGGAUUGUUUGUUUUUUUUGUCAGUAAGAUAUUGUGGAAGUUAUGGAAAAGUUCAUAUGGUCUUGAAACAAUUGCAACACCUCCGAAUAUACCGGUUUUUGGAACAUCAUUGUACUUGCAUAGCGAUGCGCGAAAAUUUUUCUUUCAAUUAAGCGAAUUUACUAAAAAAUAUGGAACUGUGUUUUGCAUUUGGUUAGGACCUAAACCAAUGAUUAUAUCUUCUUCUGUAAAGUUUUCAGAAGCAGUACUAAGUAGUCAAAAAGUUAUCACCAAAGGAUUUUCUUAUGAUUUUUUGCAUGACUGGUUAAAAACUGGGUUACUUACAAGCACAGGAUCAAAAUGGAAAACACGUAGAAGGCUACUAACUCCAAGUUUUCAUUUUUCUAUACUUAAUAACUUUAUUAAAAUAUUUGAAGAGCAAGCAUCCAUUCUGGUGGACAAACUAGCUGUAGCUGCUGACAACAAGGAAGUUGUAGAUGUGCAAGUACCUAUUGGUUUGGCAACCUUGGAUAUAAUCUGCGAAACUUCAAUGGGUGUAAAAGUAAAUGCACAAAGUCAUCCAGAUUCUGAGUAUGUUAAAGCUAUCACAGUUUUAAAUGAAGAAUUUUUAAUGCGUAUAAAAUACCCUUGGCUUUGGUUUGAUGUCAUUUACAAAUUAUUGCCUUGUGGAAAAAGGUUUUAUAAGGCUUUAGAUGUUGCUCAUAAGCUAUCUUUUGAUGUAAUAAAUGAACGUAUGCAAAUGAAAAUUCGAGAAUCUUAUUGUGAGACUGCGUCAGAUGAAAAGAAAUUUUUUUUAGAUUUGUUAUUGGAUAUAUAUCGAAAAGGUGAAAUUGACACUGAAGGUAUUCAAGAAGAAGUUGAUACUUUUAUGUUUGAAGGUCAUGAUACAACUUCAGCUGCACUAGGUUGGACUCUUUGGUUGUUAGGAAAAAAUCCAGACGUUCAAAGGAAGUUGCACAAAGAAAUUGAUGAAAUAGAGUUAAAUGGAGAUUCACUUUAUGAUAAAGUUAGACAGUCUAAAUACCUUGAAAAUAUUCUUAAAGAAUCAUUACGAAUGCAUCCUCCUGUCCCUAUGUAUGGAAGAACAGUUGAGGAAGAUAUGACUAUUGAUGAUCAGUUUAUUCCCAAAGGAGCACAAAUUAUUCUUUUAGUCCUAAUGUUGCAUUCGAACCCAGAAUAUUGGGAAAAUCCAAAUGAUUUCAUGCCUGAACGUUUUGAAGCUGAUAGUUAUGAAAAGCGCAACCCAUACAGUUAUGUACCUUUUUCUGCUGGACCAAGGAAUUGCAUUGGCCAAAAAUUUGCCAUGAUUGAAGAGAAAAUAUUACUGUACAGCAUAAUGAAAAACUUCCAUCUUAAGUCAAUGCAGGAUGAAAAUGAAGUAUUUGGGACUGUUGAUGUAAUCCAUAAAUCAAUUAAUGGAAUUAAUAUAAUGUUCACCAGAAGAUAAACAAAAACUUAUCUUGUUUAGUUUAGUUCAUUAUUUAUCAGUAAUUUUGAAAUAAUUUAGAUGAAGUAUAAUAAAAAUUAGAUAAAAAAAUAAAAAUUAAAUAAAAAAUAA